UGUAACCUGAUUCCGGAUUUUUUUCUAUUUUUCGGUCACAUAGGUAGGCGAGGCGACAUGUUCCGGGUGUUUGUGAAAACUGGUUAAUUUAAUAGUGUUCGUUUUGAACAGCAGCAAGAGAGCUGGCUUCUGUUUUAAUACGUUUAGUAUAGGUAUUAUUUCCAUUUUGUUAGCCAUUUUUAAAAGCUGGAUUAUUUUUAACAAAUUGGUUACAGGUUUGUUGCUUGGGGGCGUGUUGCGUUCACUUGUUGUCGACAGUAAAAUACCAAGACUUACUGACGGGUUUUGCUCAAUCCGGAACUAAACAACAAAGGCGAUACUUGAAGCGUCGGGUGCCACGGAGGACAGUGGAAAUAAAUUCUGUUUAUUUCCAGUUUUUCUCAAAAUGAUGGAUCCAAUGGAUGCAGGAAUGCGUUACACUCCAAAGUCUUCGGACAAGGACUGGGAGCAGGCAGUCCAAUUCCUGCCAGCAACAGACUCCACAAAACUGGAGAAAAAGAAGGGUCCUGGGAAGGUUGGUGCCAUCAUUGGUGUAGUGAUCUUCGCCUGUGUCAUGGCUUUGAUGACAGGACUUCUGGUUUGGCAUUUCCACUUUCGUAAGGACAUCAAGGUGAAGAAGAUGUACAGCGGCUUAAUGAACAUCACAAACCAGGAGUUUAAAGAUGCUUAUGAGAACCCAAACAGCACAGAAUUUCAGGCCCUGGCUAAACAGGUAGCCUCUCAGUUGAGAGAAAUCUACUCCAGGACGCCGCAGCUCUCUAGAUAUUACGUUGACUCUACUGUGCAAGCCUUCAGUCAGAACAGUGUAAUAGCAUAUUAUCUAUCAGAGUUCCACGUUCCAGUGUCACAAGAAGCUGCUGUAGACAACACCAUGAGCAGCAUAAACGAAAUCUUAACCAAGUCACAGCGUCGCCUAACAGACCCCCAAGGAGCUUUACUUUUUAACAGCGUAGAAACUUCAGCUGUGGACUCAAGGAUGUUUGCAAAGUCUUCAAUUCAGAGAUUCAGCGCACGCACUAGGCCAAACACGGCCAUACUUAUUGAGUCACCAGGGUUUCCCAACUACCCAUACCCACCCAACACAUUGGUGCAGUGGCAGUUACGGGCUGACCCUAACAACGUCAUAAAGCUAGAUUUCCGUACCUUCAAUCUGGAGGGAGACUGCAAAAAUGAUUUUGUGAAAGUGUAUGACUCGCUGGCAGCCAUCGAGAGCCGCAUAAUGGCUGAGAAGUGCGGAUACUACUCUCCAAACGACCCUCUCAGCUUCAUCUCCUCUGGAAAUGUCAUGCUGGUCACAUUGGUAACCAAUGAGGAAGGAGACUAUCCUGGCUUCAGAGCUCAUGCUACUCAGUUGGUGAAGGGCAGCAGAGACGUAACAUGUGGUGGAAUCCUGACAGGAAAUACUGGCACCCUUACAUCACCAAACUACCCAAAAUAUUACCCACCUCUUACCAAGUGUGAAUGGACUAUUCAGGUGCCCUCUAAUAUGAAUGUGAAGCUGCUCUUCUCCAAAUUCAUGAUGUCGAAGGGUGACCCAAAAUGUCAGAAGGACUAUGUCCAAGUCAAUGAAGAAAAGUUGUGUGGUGAACUUCCAACUAACACAGUGCGGACGAGCAAAACAAACCAAAUGACUGUUAUCUUCUACUCUGAUGCAUCAUAUGUAGAUCGAGGAUUUAAUGCCAUCUUCACAGCCUUUGAGCCCACUAACCCAUGCCCGGAUAAGUUCUUGUGCAGCAAUACACGCUGUGUCAGCCAUGACCUGCGCUGCGAUGGUUGGAAUGACUGUGGAGAUAGCAGUGAUGAGAAGAAGUGCAAUUGUGACUCAACCAUGAUCAGCUGUAGGAAUGGUCUGUGUAAGCCAAUGUUCUGGAAGUGUGAUGGCAUUGAUGACUGUGGAGACAGGACUGAUGAAAUGAAUUGUGCCUCUUGCAAGGCAGGCGAGUUUGUAUGUGGUAAUGGUAAAUGUAUCUCAGACAAACAGAAAUGUGAUCGGCAAAACGACUGUGGUGAUAAUUCGGAUGAAGCUGACUGUGGUAGAGCAACACCAUGCACAGAGAGUAAUUAUCUGUGCAAGAAUGGCCAGUGCCUCACUAAGCAGAACCCAGAGUGUGAUGGAGUGAAGGACUGUGAGGAUGGAUCUGAUGAGGACUGUGGGGAUUGUGGAACACGACCCUAUAAGACCUCACGUAUUGUGGGUGGUCAGGAUGCUACAGAGGGCGAGUGGCCUUGGCAGGUCAGCCUUCACAUAAAGAGCUCUAUCCAUGUGUGUGGAGCAUCUCUGAUCAGCGAUCGAUGGCUAGUCACUGCUGCUCACUGCGUACAAGAUGAAGGCUCAGUGAAGCUCUCUCAGCCAGGCUCAUGGGAGGUGUACCUAGGCCUUCAUACCCAGAAGCAGCUAGAUAAAGCAGAGAAGCGCUACCUGAAGCAGGUCAUCCCUCAUCCCAAUUACAGUGAAUACACCUUUGACAACGAUAUAGCCCUAAUGGAGCUGGACCAGCCUGUCAUCUUCAAGGACACCAUCCGGCCCAUCUGCCUGCCUUCCGCCUCCUACAACUUUCCUGCAGGCAAGGAGGUCUGGAUAACUGGCUGGGGUGCCACAAGAGAAGGAGGCACUGGUGCAACAGUGUUACAGAAAGCAGCAGUGCGUAUCAUUAACAGCACAGUGUGUGAUGAACUGAUGAAAGGGCAGAUCACUUCACGCAUGACAUGCGCUGGAAUCCUACAAGGAGGAGUGGAUGCUUGUCAGGGUGACUCUGGUGGUCCACUCUCUAGUCUUGGCACUGGCCGGAUGUUUCUGGCAGGAGUGGUGAGCUGGGGUGACGGCUGUGCCCGCAGGAACAAGCCUGGCAUUUACACCACUGUACCCAAAUUCCGUGCCUGGAUCAAAGAGAAAACGGGAGUAUAACUCCAAGGAAAAAGGAUUGCUUAGGACUAUGGACAAAAACUUUAGUGAAACAUACUGUUGACUGUAUAAUGAAUUCUUUUCUGAAUUGUGCCUAAGUAGACAAAUGGAUAAGGACCAUGCAUGGAGCCUUUAGAGAUGUUCAAUAUUGAGGCUGUUGUUGAGAUUAGGUCAAAGAUGUAUUUGACCCAGUGCAUGAUAAUCUGUAUUCUUGAAACAUUUUUUUGGGCGUCUUAUCUCUGUGGUUUUAUCAGUUAUCCACAAAACUCAUACAGUUUUUUAGAUAUUUUUGAAUGGAAUGCUCAUUCAUGGUCAUCUGUUUUAUAUUUGUAUAUUUUAUGUAGGGAAAUACCAGGGUUUUGCUUUACUUUAUGUAAAUAAAUGUAUUUCCUUCUUUUUAACGUACUUACUUGGAAAACAAUUUUACUGUGUGCUUGUAGAUAGCAGCAAAAAUUAAUGUUUUUCUGUUAUUAUUAUUGUACCAAUUAUUACUUUUUUUAAAGAGAUUAUGAUGCUAUAUGUGGGUGUUGUUGUUGAGGACAUCCUCUUACACUCAUACAUCCCCAUAUACACUAAAAUGUGAAAUGUGAAAUGUGCUUUUUGUCAGUUUUCUGUUCCAUUCAGCAUUUGAAGGGGAAUUCCACCAGUUUUAGAAAAUAUCAAUAAAUUAGCUAUAAACAAGUCAGCUUUCUGUGAGGCAUCUUGUAAAGGCAUCAAUCACUGCAUCUGGAUCCUGUCACUACUGUUGUUGGAGGUUUCUCUAGGAUAGCACAUUUCAUGUCAGACUACUCUGAAUAACUUUGGUGGAGUUUCCCUUUAAUUAUGGGGAAGACAGACAAUGCCAACCCAACAUUCUCUAAUGAGCUUAAAUGUUGGAUUGGUGUCAUUUUUUGUUUAUUGUUAAAGGCAAGAAAGUCCCUUUUUAUACAUUUGGCUCAUCAAGCUGUGCUUUUUUUUUGGUCUGUUUUUUGUAUUUCUUUUUAGCUGGAAGAUGCUUUAGAAUUUGCUUAUUUGAGUCCUUAGAAUUUGUCUCAAAUGCUAACUUUGAAAAUCAAAUAUUAUAUAAUGUACUGUGAGGUUGAAGCAGUUUCUUAGAUAUACACAAGUGUAUGCAAAGCACUUGAAGAUUGUCUUCUAUGUAUAUUAGGAAAUGUGCCUUUUAAAUAGUGAUAACCUCAGGUCUUUGAGCUCAUUGUUUUUUCAUGAAUUUCAUUUAACUAUUGCAUUUUAGACAUUUAGAAGGUUUUGGAAGACUUAUUUGUGGCCCAUGAUUGCGAACGUUGAUCAUCUAAUAAAUAUUCCCUCUAGUUCUGUUCUGUCUGCUCCUAUUAAAAUGGACAGUGAAACAUUUGA